CAGAUAGUUUUGAGACGUGUUCCUUAAAAAAUAAAUAAGAACCUGCGAGACCAUGAACUCUUUCACACCAGAGGACUUUGACUUCACUGUCCUGGAGGAGGGGUCUUGUGCCUGUGACGUCCUUGAGCAGAGGAUCAACGAGUCAUCCAUGUCGGACGACAAAGACGCCUUCUACGUGGCGGACUUGGGGGACGUCCUGAAGAAGCACCUGAGGUGGGUGCGUGCCCUGCCCCGCGUCACGCCCUUCUACGCCGUCAAGUGCAACGACAGCCGCACCGUUGUCAUGACGCUCGCCUCCCUGGGGACGGGGUUCGACUGCGCCAGCAAGAAUGAGAUCCAGCUGGUUCAGUCUCUCGGGGUGGACCCCAGCAGGAUCAUCUACGCCAACCCCUGCAAGCAGGUGUCCCACAUUAAGUACGCCUCUGCCCACGGGGUCCAGAUGAUGACCUUUGACAGUGAGGCAGAACUCACAAAGAUCGCCCGUUACCAUGAAAACGCCAAGCUGGUUCUCCGCAUCACCACGGACGACUCGAAGGCAUUGUGCCGAAUGAGCGCGAAGUUUGGGGCGACGCUGGAGAGCAGCCGGCUGCUCCUGGAGCGCGCGCGGGAGCUGGGCCUCGACAUCAUCGGGGUCAGCUUCCACGUGGGCAGCGGCUGCACCGACCCUGAGACCUACAGCCAGGCCAUCUCAGACGCCCGCUGCGUCUUCGACAUGGGGGCAGAGCUGGGCUACAAUAUGACCCUUCUGGACAUUGGCGGGGGAUUCCCUGGGUCCGACGACUCCAAGCUGAAGUUUGAGGAGUUCACAGCUGUCGUAAACCCAGCGCUGGACAAGUACUUUCCGGCCGACUCUGUGGUCCAAGUAAUCGCUGAGCCUGGCCGCUACUAUGUGACUUCAGCCUACACGCUGGCGGUCAACAUCAUCGCCAAGAAGGUGGUGAUUCGGGAGCAAUCGGCCUGUAACGGUAAAAUCUGGGAAAAUGCCACAGGAGCCACAUGCUCAAUCAGCAAAGCUGAUGGGGCCAACAACGGGACCCUGAUGUACUAUGUGAACGAGGGGGUCUACGGCUCGUUCGUCGAUGUGAUUUUCAGCUACGCCCAUGUCCUGGCAACUCCACAUAAGAAACUCAAGCCGGGUGAGCGUACCUACCCCUGCAGCAUCUGGGGCCAGACCUGCGAUGGGCUGGACCGCAUUGUGGAGCAGUGCAUCCUGCCUGACCUGCAGGUGGGCGAAUGGCUGCUGUUCCACAACAUGGGGGCCUACACCAUCCCCAUGUACUGCACCUUCAACGGCUUCCAGAAGCCCGACAUCCACUAUGUGAUGUCCCGGAGUGUGUGGCAACGCAUUCAGCAGAUCUCCACUCAGGGGCUGCAUGGCCCCAUUGAAGAGGCCUGUCCCAGCAACCUGCCGUCCUGCUGCAGGAGGGAGAGCAGCCUGGAGCUGCCAGCCAAGCCCUUCCCCGCCCGCAUGCGAUGUUCACUCCCAUAAAUACUUGAAGAUAACGAAGAAUUCAACGACAAAGCAAAUGCUAACGAGCCAAACCUGCAGUACCCGGCUCCUCUGUAGUGCAUAGGCCUUUAAUAAUGAACGCCCUCCACCUCACUCAGCUUCAGGCAACUUUACCCCAGUUGUGUUCAUUCCCAGUCCCUGCGUGUGGACAUCCCUCUUCGAUCUGUCCUGUUCAGACCUUUUGUCCGAACAUGGUCCGGAUAUUUCGGAAGUUCCACUAAGGGUGGUCUUCUUCACCCCGAACAUUUUAUUCCAUAAUUAUUCCACCAGAAGUCCAUUACAGCUCAGGCUUCCCCAAACGAUUUUUGCCCAGUUCAGCAUUACUUUUUGUGGCCAGGAGAUAUGGAUCUCUCUACCACCAGACAUUAAUCAACAUCACUCCACUGAUUAAAAAAACUAUUUAGGGUUCUCUGUUGUACUGAUCACAUUAACUCUUCAGCAAGACUCAACAUUAACUUUUCUGGGGGGUGAGGGGUGGGGGUAUUUAUCUGAUUACCUGUAUUGUGCAUAAAAGGGGAUCCCACCUGUGAAACCCUUGAGGGCUUUUUGGCUUUCCCCUGCAUAUCUCAUAAAUGCAUUCUUGGAUCUCUGUUUUUUUUUUGGUGCAUUGACUUCCCGGCAGUGGGUUACUGGUUUGGCGUUGGGUUAUUGGUUUGGCCAGGAAGCAUCACAGCCCCCAUUUCCGAGGCACCCCCCUCAGCCAAGUAUUUGAUUUGGUUCCCAUUCAUUAUUGUUUCUGUAACUGGCAGUUUUUUUUUCUGGGGGGGGGUCGGGUUAGUUAGCCCCACACCCAACCCAAAUGGCCAGGGACUGCCUGGUCUGCCUUCUUCCUUUUGACCUGUCCAGUUUGGCUGAACCUGCCAGGGGUACAAAACCCAUCCAGCAUAGCUCUCAGGGUCAUGGGAGUCUGCAACCCUCUCCACCAAGACAAGGUUACAGUCAAGGAGAGGCAACUCCUGCAUUGUGUUCAGUUAAUGCUUAGUUUUAGUGGCCGUAUGUCCACACUUUUACCAAUAAUGAGCCUAUUAAUGUACCUCAGUCUUUCAUUUCAUCAGUUUUUUUUUUUAACUCUCCUUAUGUAAUCUUUGCAAUAUAGCACAAUGUGAAUACGGGACUUUUAUUCUUUAUGGCAUGCAUAUCUAUUUUUGACACAAUAUAUCUUAAUCCCUCAAAACAUGAAAAGUGUGGUUAAGAAAAAAUGAACAGAUAAUUCAAAUUCAAGGUUGCAACUGUGACUGGAACAGAAAUGAGCAUUCAUAGUGGUCCUCCAGGACUGAGUGUGAGAACAGGGUUCCCACUCGUCCUGGAAAACCUUGAAAACCUCGACAUUUAUCAGCUAGUUAUCCAGUCAUUGAAAACGCCUGGAAAUUAGAAAAUUUACAAAAUGUCCUGGAAAUAUUUGUGAGGUCCUGGAAAAUUGUAGGCUAGGCUAAAAGUCAAGCUAUUAAUCAGUAUAUUUAGAACUGAGAUUGCAUAUUUUCUUGUAUUUUUCUCUGCUUUUCUCAUUUUUUUCUUGGAAACAUAUCAGUACUUAACAGUAUAAACACAAAAAUCAAAGCAGUCAAUUGUUUCUGCAAAAUUUAAAAUGAAACAUUGUCUAUAAGCAUGUUCCAAAAUGACACUGUGCCUCAAAAUCAUAAACAAUAGUCAAUAAUUGAAUAUACCUUUUGAAUACAUAUUUAACACUUACAUUUGUGUGAAGAAAUAAAAGACACAAUGGUGAUUUGUAAGGCAUCCGUAUGCUUUUGAAUUAUCAGUGUUGUACUGUCAAUGUACAUACAAAGAACCUUGAGAUGGUUUUUGUCUCUUUUUUUUCUUCUUCAAAUUAGUGUAAUGUAGGGAGCGCACACUGUAAAAUAAA